AUGAGAGAGGACCGGGGUGAACCAGUGGCAUGGGAAAGUCACCCUGGAAUCAGACUGAAAGGAAAAUGUGACCGCUGGGGGUUUGGAAUGGUGGGGGUUUGUAUAAGUGGGGGGCAGAUGGUCCAGACUGAGAGGGGUUUGUGUAAUGGAUCUGAGCUGGCUUUCCUUACGGAGCCCAGUGAUGUUAUCGCGGUACGGGACAGGCCGUUGAUGCUGGACUGCAGGGUGGAAGGCGAGGGUCCCAUUACGGUGACGUGGCAUAAGAACGGAGCUCCGCUGCUUCUGGGAGUAGGCAGUCGUGCGAAGGUCCUAUCCAACGGCACGCUCAUGAUCCGUAGCUUCCAGAAGAGACGGGAUGGAGAUGCUACCGAUGCUGGAGAGUAUUACUGUGCUGCACAGAACCACUACGGCAUGCUGGUCAGCCGCAAGGCCCGUGUGCAGCUUGCAUCUCUUCCUAAAUUCCACACUCACCCAGAGCCCAUGUCGGUAGAUGAGGGAGGUGUUGCACGUUUCCAGUGUCAGGUCAAUGGUAUUCCUGAGGCCAACAUUACUUGGGAGAAAGACCGUGUUGUGCUUGGAACAUCUGAUGACAGGUACACACUUCUCCCAAUGGGUAUUCUGCAGAUUACAGGAGUUAAGAAAUCAGACACUGGUGUCUAUCGCUGUGUUGCCACCAAUAUCGCCAACACCCGCUACAGCCACGAGGCCUAUCUGAACGUAACAGGAGGUGUUCCUCGCACCUAUAAGGAGCCAGUCAUCCUGUCCGGCCCACAGAACCUCACCAUUACCGUCCAUCAGACCGCCAUUCUGGAGUGUAUCGCCACUGGAAACCCUCGUCCGAUUGUGUCUUGGAGUAGACUUGACGGCAGAUCUAUUGGAGUGGAGGGCAUACAAGUGCUUGGGACAGGGAACCUGAUGAUCUCAGAUGUCUCCCUUCAGCAUUCUGGAGUGUAUGUGUGUGCUGCCAACCGGCCUGGCACCAGGAUGAGGCGUACUGCAUUGGGCAGGCUGGUAGUUCAAGCUCCUCCAGAGUUCAUUCAGUGGCCGCAGUCUGUGUCUAAACCAGCAGGAGGCAGUGCUGUGUUCACAUGUGUGGCUCAGGGUGUUCCUGAGCCUCAUAUCAUUUGGCUGAAGAAUGGAAAGAUACUCACGCCUGGCGAUAAUGUGAAGCUCACUAACAAUAAUAGCACCCUGGCCGUAACUCGCAUCACAUCAGAGGAUGAGGCCAUAUACCAGUGCAUCGCUGAAAACUCUGCUGGCACUAACCAGGCCAGUGCUCGUCUGGCUGUGUCCCUGGCCAAAGAGCUGCCCGAUGCCCCUCAGGGCCUGAAAGCCACGGCUCUGUCUAAAACCACCCUGCAGCUCUCCUGGACCCAGCCACCAGCCGAAAUCACAGACGGGAUCAUCGGAUACGUUCUGCAUAUCCGCAGAUAUGGCGAGCCUGAAAGCAAAGAACUACAGGAGGCCGUGAGUAAGACAACAUUUCAGCAUGACCUCACUAACCUUGAACCUGCGACCACCUACUCCAUCUACCUGAAGGCUUACUCUCCACUGGGUGCUAGUGAACGCUCCAGUACUGUUAUUUCCACAACACUAGGGGGCGUGCCCAGUCCACCUACAUUUUUCACCAAAGCAAUAAACACCACUGCAGUCCAGGUCCUGUGGGAGCUGCCCAAUAAGCCUGGAAAAACUGAGGGUUUCCGACUGUUGUACCGCAGGGUCCCCCACGGAGAGAUCCAGGGACCGAUUCAGUUGCCAUGUCAUGUUAACGCUCACACCAUUUCUCAUCUCGACCCUGGUGCUGUGUAUGAAGUCAAACUGGUGGCCUACAAUGGCAAUGGAGAGAGCGACUGUUCAAAGAAACUUGUGUCACUGGCUGAGGACGGGACUAGUGCUAAAACCAGAUCAGGAGAGGAGACUGAAUGUACCUGCAGGGGUGUAGAGAGCUCGGUGAGCAGCAUUGUGGUUGGCAUCCACAUUGGCAUGGCCUGCAUCAUUUUCUGUGUGCUCUUCCUCAUGUUCGGAUAUCGGCGCAGGUAA